UGUAACCGUGAAUUGAAAGUACGCCAUAAAUAUGGCGCCAAAAUAGUUUUCAAGCAGAUGAUGAGAUCGGAUUUUCUCCUGCCUUCCUCUCUGUGUUGUUGUCGAUCUUUUGAAUAUUUUUAAAAAUCUUUUCUCUGCUGUCUGCAGCUCCAGACGCGCCUGUGCUUAUAUUUGUUGCAGCGCGGUGUUGCAGGCAUUCACCGGCCGGAGGAGCGGCUGGAGACGAGCUCAGGUCUGGGUUUUAUUUCUCAACCAGCACCGUUGCCUUACUGGCGUGCGGUGUUUUUUCUGACUCAUCCUGUGGAAAUAUAUCCCCGUUUUUUAUUUUUUUGGUUCAGCCUCCCUCCUUCCUCUGCUUCCCCAGCCUCCUCCUCCUCCUCCCGCUGGCUCCGAAGGAGGAAAACAGCCGGAUAGGGACUCAUCCACGUUUCGGCUGCUGUUUUUAUUUAGAUUUUUUUAAUUUAAAUGUUAUUUUUUGCAGAAUGCGACAUGCUUUCCAUGUUGCGCGCAUCUCGGAGCCUGGCACGCCGGCGGUAGCGCUGCGUUUGGCUUCCUACUGACUGCUCGCCACUUUUCUCUCCGGGUUUGUGUCCAGGACGGGAUUUUACACAUUUUGGAUUCGGACUCCUGUCUUUGACGCGCUGUCAACACGGGGAGGGGAGGCGGGGAGAAGAGGGACAGUCCUGUCACCCUGCGUGGUUUAAGUGUCCGGUGUGUGUGUGUGUGUGUGUGUGUGUGUGUGUGUGUGUGAGGGGAUGUUUAGCAGCACCAACCCUCUGCUGGUAAACUACAUGUGCCUGCUCCAGAUGAUCUCCUAAAUCUGAUCUAAUCCAGGACUGAGGACGUCUGUGAAUCCAGAGCUGACUCCUACCAAGAUGGAGAGCGAAAAGAAGAGGAGGAAAUACUCCACAAGCAGCAACGACUCCGACACCACUGACAGUCCUGCAGGUCAGGUGACGUCGUGGUCCAGGUCCUCUAAGAACACCGGCACCAGCAGCACCUGGGUCCGCCUCCCGCACAAGAAGCCGUCUGAGGUGUUUCGGACAGACUUCAUCACGGCCAUGAAGCUGCCGGACUCGGCCCAGCUCGGCCCAGACGACUUCUACGUUCUGUCCGACCCGUGGAGACAGGAGUGGGAGAAGGGGGUUCAGGUCCCAGCCAACCUGGAGGCCAUCCCAGAACCCGUGGUCAGGUCGCAGCAGGAGUCGGCGGGCGGCGCGUCGGCCGACGGCCAGACGAAGGAGGGAGACGCUCAGCCUCCUCGCUCGCAGCAACACGGCUGCUACGACCUGGACGACCUGGACGUCACCUGGCUGCAGCUGGUCAACCAGGAGUUCAGGCACAUGGCCUCGCCGGAGCUGGACGAGCUGACGAUGGAGAGCGUUCUGGUGGAGCUGGAGCGCGUCUGCCAGGAGAAGAUGCAGCAGGCCAUCGAGACGGAGGAAGGCCUGGGCAUCGAGUACGACGAGGACGUGGUGUGUGACGUGUGCCGCUCGCCGGAGGGAGAGGACGGGAACGAGAUGGUCUUCUGUGACAAGUGCAAUGUCUGCGUCCAUCAGGCGUGCUACGGCAUCCUGAAGGUGCCUCAGGGUAACUGGCUGUGUCGGACCUGCGCUCUGGGGGUCCAGCCCAAAUGUCUGCUCUGCCCCAAGAGAGGCGGCGCCCUGAAGCCGACGCGCAGUGGAACCAAGUGGGUCCACGUCAGCUGUGCCUUAUGGAUCCCCGAGGUGAGCAUCGGCUGCCCGGAGAAGAUGGAGCCCAUCACCAAGGUGUCCCACAUCCCCGCCAGCCGCUGGGCUCUGUCCUGCAGCCUGUGUCGAGAACACACAGGAACCUGCAUCCAGUGCUCCACGCCCUCCUGCAUCGUGGCCUUCCAUGUGACCUGCGCCUUCGACCACGGCCUGGAGAUGAAGACCCUCCUGGCCGAAAACGACGAGGUUCGCUUCAAGUCCUUCUGCCUGGACCACAGCUCCGCCGCCAGCGGCGCCAGCGGAGCGGCCAGACCCGAGCAGCACCACGAGCCCGGCGGCGACCCGGAGCAGAGCCGGGCGUCCCACCCGGUGUCGGCGGCGUCGGAGCGGGCCGAGCGGGACCAGCUGGAGAGGGAGAAGGUGAGCCAGAGGAAGCAGAAGCUGCAGGAGCUGGAGGACGAGUUUUACAGACUGGUGGAGCCGAGCGACGUCGCCGAGAACCUGGGACUGCCGCUGCUGCAGGUGGAUUUCUUAUAUCAGUUCUGGAAGCUGAAGCGAAAGGCCAACUUCAACCAGCCGCUGGUGGCGCUGAAGAGAGACGAGGUGGACAACCUGGCCCAGCAGGAGCAGGACGUCCUCUACAGGAGACUCAAACUCUUCACACACCUGCGCCAGGACCUGGAGAGGGUGCGUAACCUGUGCUACAUGGUGACCCGGCGGGAGAAGAUGAAGCUGACGCUCUGCGACCUGCAGGAGAAAAUCUUCCACCUGCAGAUCCAGCUGCUGGAGGAGGAAACGGCUGCAGAGAAAACCCAGAAGGCAGAAAAGAGGAAGCAGAAUGGAGUGAAGGAUAAAAGGAAAGAGAGAAGGAAGCAUGGCACCGGCAAGAAAAAGGAGAGGUGGAAGUCUGAGAACGGCUCCCUGCUUAAAGAGCUCGGUCUGUCCAAGUCGUUCCCGUUAGAAAGCUCUCUGUUCGACAGCUGGCUGGCCAAGUCGGUCCAGAUCACGGCCGACGACAUGCUGAGCCAGUGGGCUCUGGGCGGCCAGCACGGCCACCAGCGCAGCAGCCUGCUGUCCGACCAGCUGAUGCAGGGUGAGGAAAGCCUCCUGAACCUCAUGAUGGAGAACUCUAUGCAGUCGGCGUGGAAAACGCCUCAGCUGGGCCGGAAACCCAGAGGAAGCACCAAGCCUCGUUCUCGAGGCCCGAGCGGCGCCGGCGCCCAGCGGGUGUUCGGGUCGGCCGCGUCCGGCAGCCCGUCCACAGCCAAGGGCUUCUGGGAAAAAUCCAGCCACGCUGGCCGCCGAGGGGAGAAGUCCAGAGGCCCGUCCAAGGCGGGUCACCACCACCAGACCAGGAGCGGCGACCCGAACGGCGACCCGCCGCCGCAGCCGCCCAUCUCCAAGAUGGAUUCCUGCCACAUCUCGGAGGAGCGCGGCCGCUGGGACAGCGUCCGCAUGGCGUCCGGUUUCAUGGCGAGCGCUUCCCCUCCGCCGGCCUCCAGUCCGGGAGCCGCAGUGCCUGACGCCGGCGCCGUCCUGCGGGGGUCGCGGCCCCGCCCGGCCCGGCAGGGUAAAGCGAGGUCAAGGGUCGGGGAACUGGACUCCAUGGACCUGCCGCUCACAGGGAAAGCCGCGUCGUUGCUGGACGCCGCCGCCGAGACUGAUGGGUACUUCUCCGAUGGAGAGAGCGAUUUGGAAACGCGGUCCGGCGGACGAAAGCUUCGGCUGCCACAGCUGCAUCCUGCCAACGACGACCUACUGAGGAGGAGCGUCCUGGCGUCCUAAACAAAGUAACGGCGGCUGAGCAGCCUUGUCAAACCAAACCCGUGGUGUGGAGCGGCGUCCAGCUCUGACUCCGCCUGGUUCUCUGAAUGUAGCUGUAUGCCGACCGUACAGGGAAGCUUCUCCACUGGACCGCCGUUCGAUCCUCACACUAUGGGAAGCUCAACAUUCGUCUUUUGUAUAUUUCUAACUCAUCUGGUUGUGGCCUGGUGUCUGAGGUCUGGUCAGACUUGGGAACAAACACUUGGGGGCAUUACUCUUCUUCUGGUUCCAGGGUUUGCUUUAAGGUCCGAGCUGCAUCCCACCAGUUCUCCUCAAAAUAUUCAGACCCUUUCAUAGCAGAGCUGGCAUGAAUAUGUGCAGAGGGCGGCACAGGACGGCAUGUUCUCAGCCUUGAAAAGCACAAUAUCCGGUCAGUCGAGCCGCCGUGGAAGCACUGGAGAGGAAAACCGAAGCUCAUUCAGGGCUGGGCUCGAUUUCAGACGCUGAGUUUCUCGUUUUAUCGCCUCUCAUCCCUUCAAAGCAGAAAUAUCACAGACUGACCCCAAAUAUUACAGACUGACCCCAACCCGCCGCUGUGUCAGACACACACACACAUUCACUCAUCCUCGUAUCAACCAGGGGUGUCCAAAGUGCGGCCUGGGGGCCAUUUGUGGCCCCGACUGUGAUUCAAGAACGGCAUAAAUGUGGCCAUUUAAUACUUUUUGUAAUUUUUAUCAUCUUAUGUUACAAGUUCGGCUUGUUUUGAAUGAAAAACAGACUUUGGUACACUCAUCCAUUACAUUUGGCUAAAUAAAGCAAAAGUUAUAAAAGAAAAUGUUUUACUUUUGUUAAAGCAAAACAUUUUAUAGGUUUAUAAAAUGGAAAAUAAGUUCAAAAAGUUAAAUAACUUUUACGUUUGCCCUAGUAUCCACAUAAAAAUAAUUCACAUUGAUACAUUUAGCAUUUUUAAUUGUGGGGGGAAACUUAUAUUUUGGCCCCUGAAUAUUUUCUGCUUGGGGAUUUUGGCCCCUCGGUGCAGAAAGUUUGGACACCCCUGGAAUUAAUCCAAUCUUUCUCCAUUGCUGUCAAAUUCUUCCUAAAUCAAUUCUGCCCCCUAAAUCUUGACAAAAAUAUCAUCAGAGAAACGUUGUGCCUUGCGUCACUUCCUGUGGCCCCACAAAACAAUCAGUGAGUGAAUCAAUCAGCCUCUCAGUCCAAAUUUGUAACAAUCAAAGCGAAACAAAAUCCCGACAGAUUGGUUGCCAUGUAGCCGCUGGGUGUCUUCACCACAAUGAUUGAAUAGUGCCUGAAAGAGAAAACGUGCAGCGUUUGCCAUUUUUCUAACUAAUGCGUCUGCAGCAAAGCAGAGCCACAGAGCUGCCUACGGUUACGAGCCGCCCCUGAACGCAUCGCGGCCACAGAGCUGCCUACGGUUACGAGCCGCCCCUGAACGCAUCGCGGCCGCAGAGCUGC